CAAUGACGUCACUGCGUCAGCGCUCGUGGAUGUGUGCGUCGGGACGGAACUGCUGAAGGGUCGACGAAUAUUUGAAGAUGGAGGGGGAACAUGGAGAUUAAACAGCUCCUUAUAGACCUGUAGCGGCCCUGCAGUGAACCCGGAGCCUCCUUUAGAGCUGAAUGUUAUAUGAGGCCCCGCGGAGGACGAGUUUUAACCGCGGAGAGGGAGUGAAUGUAGGCAGAGUUGGGGAGGGCUGGAGCUGCUGGAGCUGCUGGAGGUUUUUUGGAGAGGGAAAACAACAUGGCGGCGGUGGAGCUCGAAUGGAUCCCAGAAACCCUUUACAACACAGCUAUCUCCGCUGUGGUGGACAACUACAGCCGGGCCAGAAGGGACAUCCGCUCGCUGCCAGAGAACAUCCAGUUCGAUGUGUAUUAUAAGCUUUACCAGCAGGGCCGGCUCUGCCAGCUGGGAGGAGAGUUCUGCGAGCUGGAGGUGUUCGCUAAAGUGCUGCGGGCGUCAGACAAAAGACACCUCCUCCACCACUGCUUUCAGGCCCUCAUGGACCAUGGCGUGAAAGUAGCCUCCGUUCUGGCGAACUCCUUCAGCCGCCGCUGCUCCUACAUCGCAGAGUCGGACGCCCACGUCAAAGAGAAGGCCAUCCAGUUUGGCUUUGUGCUGGGUGGCUUCCUGUCUGAUGCAGGCUGGUAUGGAGAUGCAGAGAAAGUGUUUUUGUCGUGCCUGCAGCUGUGCACGCUCCACAGUGAGAUCCUUCACUGCUUCAGAGCCGUGGAGUGCUGUGUCAGGCUGCUCCAUGUCCGCAACGGGAACUGUAAGUACCACCUGGGGGAGGAGACCUUCAAGCUCGCUCAGUCUUACAUGGACAAAUUAGCCAAACAUGGCCACCUGGCCAACAAGGCAGCGCUGUACGGCGAGCUCUGUGCCUUGCUCUUCGCCAAAAGCCACUACGAUGAGGCGUACAGGUGGUGUAUAGAGGCCAUGAAGGAAAUUACUCCAGGGCUGCCUGUCAAAGUCGUGGUCGAUGUCCUCCGGCAAGCCUCAAAGGCCUGCGUGGUAAAGCGAGAGUUCAGGAAAGCGGAGCAGCUGAUCAAACAUGCAGUGUUUCUAGCAAGAGAACAUUUCGGACACAAGCAUCCCAAGUACUCAGACACGCUGCUAGAUUACGGAUUUUACUUAUUAAAUGUAGAUAACAUAUGCCAAUCAGUCGCUAUUUACCAGACGGCGUUGGACAUUCGACAGUCUGUAUUUGGAGGGAAGAACAUCCAUGUCGCCACCGCCCAUGAAGACCUGGCCUACUCCUCCUACGUGCACCAGUACAGCUCUGGGAAAUUUGACAACGCUCUAUUCCACGCAGAACGUGCCAUAGACAUCAUCACUCACAUUCUGCCUGAGGACCAUCUGCUGCUGGCCUCCUCCAAGAGAGUCAAAGCUCUGAUCCUGGAGGAAAUCGCCAUCGACUGCCACAAUAAGGAGACAGAAGAGCGCCUCCUGCAGGAAGCUCACGACCUCCACCUCUCCUCACUGCAGCUCGCAAAGAAGGCCUUCGGAGAGUUCAACGUCCAGACGGCGAAACACUACGGCAACCUCGGGCGACUUUACCAGUCCAUGAGGAAGUUUAAGGAAGCAGAGGAGAUGCACAUCAAAGCCAUCCAGAUCAAGGAGCAGCUCCUGGGCCACGAGGACUACGAGGUGGCUCUGUCCGUGGGUCACCUGGCCUCCCUCUACAACUACGACAUGAACCAGUACGACGACGCAGAGAGGCUCUACCUGCGCUCCAUCGCUAUCGGUAAGAAGCUGUUCGGGGAGGGCUACAGCGGGCUGGAGUACGACUACAGAGGUCUCAUCAAACUCUACAACUCAGUGGGAAACUAUGAGAAGGUGUUUGAAUACCACAACGUACUGUCCAACUGGAACCGGCUGAGGGACCGGCAGUUUGCGGUGGCGGACGCUCUGGAGGACGUCAACACUACGCCACAGCAGACCCAGGAGGUGGUACAAGCUUUCCUAUUGGCUCAGAGCAUGGGCCCCACCCGCCCCUGCCUCGGCUGAUUUUAUGAGGGAAGAGAGGAACAAAAGAAAAAGACACCCGGGCUCUGCUGAGGACAGAAAGGAGCCCGAAGUGAUGCUCCGGUUGCACACAGUAAAUUAGUAACACAGUUAAAUCAAGCAUCACCGGCAAGUCAGCUGCCAGUACACACAGACAUACACACACAUGUAGUCGUGGAUUUAAAAUGUAGAGAAGACACCGCUAUCCAACCUCAUCGACACCCACACCAACCACCAAGAUGCAACUGCAGACUGGACGCAGCUUCACCCCACAGAGCGGACUGAAGCGUUUUUCUGAGAGAAAGAGGAAUCAAAAAAAAAAGAAACCUCAAACGUCCUGUAAGGAUGACCAAUGACCUCUCCUCUUCUCUCGGCUCGCUCGCCUUUCUUUCAGUUUGGGAUCGUAGGAUUUUUCUUCUUCUUCUUUUUUUAUUUGAACCAGUGUAGCUCUGAACGCCAUGAGACUAAUCGCAGACCCAGACCAGGUUCUCCAGGGCUACGCACACGACAGCAUCUCAACCACACACACACACACACAUACGCACGCGCGCGCGUCUGUGAAACAUGUCUCCACCCUCAUCCGUCAGCGUCGUCACCCCGAGGAUCAGAGAUGGAACCUGUCGGAUGUUUUUGACACUUGUACAGUGAUUAACACAGCAGAUUGUACUCUUCAGUUUCAAGUGAAGGCUUCUUUUUUUCUUUGCAAAGAUGAAGGUGCACCCUAAGAAAACUUCUCCACUGAGAGACCACAAACAGAGGAAUGUGCUGAACCAGCGGGUUUAUUGUUACACACGUUUUAUUUUAUCUCUUUUCCAGCUUAGUACUGAUCUAGAAUAAUUAAAAUGCCAAUAAUUUAUAUGCAAACGUGUAUGUUAUGUAGCCCUUUUGUUUAUUCUUUUCUUACUGAGUGGGCCAUGAAUGCUACAGAAACUGAACAACACGAUUACAAUAAAACCUGGAGGAAGACGAAGAGGAAGAUGCCACAUGCUCUGAGGCCGGCCUUUGUUUGUCUAUAAGGGGAACUCUUGGCGGUGUUACUGAAUAUUUUGGGGUCGAAGUGACUUUAAAGUAAACAAAUCAAAGGGAAUUGCUUCACUCAGCAGCUGUGAUCUACUUUUAAAACGUCUAUGAAAGCGUUUUUGCCGCUGACGAAAAUCAGAAAGGAUCUCUGCAUCGAUAGACUUUUGUAAGUAAGAUGACGUGUUAUUUCUCACCUAAACAUCCACCAGACUCCACUGAACUUAAACCUUGCAGAACACAGGAGCGCUGCAGCCUCUAUCAUGUUCGUAUCCUGGUUGUUGCGUGCUGAAAGAAUAUCUUUAAUCUGAUUUUUUUAACCAUGAAACACCAAAGUCUGUCAGUAACAACCAAUCAAUGCAGCAGUAGAGCAGCAUCUCCUGUGUCCUGUGAGGUGAACAUACUGUGAAGGGCUCUUCAUUGAUGCAUGAAGGUGCAACCAAAUUUUUCACCCCUGACUUUGUCCUGCAGGAAGUCGGGUACACUGAUAUGUAAACACAGCAGCAGGUAGAAGUCAGGAACAUUCAUGUUGAGCAGCUUUUAUCUGCUAUAAGCGUUCCACUACUUUUUUCUACUGCUGCGCUUGUGCUGAAGUAAAGUCCUGAAACAUGUUGAAUCAGUCAGUUAUUAAAGACGACGACUCCUACUGCGGCUAAACCAAACGGAGGAGUCGACUCACGAGAGCACGCCAGGCAGAUAAAAUCUCCUGCUGUGAGGUGCAUGUGUGAACGGCAGGCUCCUGACAUUAUCCGAACCUAGAUGUUGUGAAACUUUCCAGAAAAUGUCAGGUGUGAAAGAUGCUUCUGAUGUCAGAUCUCCUUAAAAAUGAUCUCAGCUUUUAAAAAUAUAAACAUUUUUUUCUCUGUAGGGAUCCUUUCUGUAAUGUCAGGUGCAUACAAUAACAAUCUGAGCCUGUCGGGUACAAAAACAAGAACUUUUAGCGGACAUAGUUCGAUUAGACACGCCUCUAAAAAGCAAAAUUCCUGCUGCUCUGUUAAUGAAAUUUGGAGUCAGAGAAUUCACGGAUGUAGUAGGAUUGAUGUCACGCCCCUUCUGAGAACUAAAAAACACAUUUAGGUCCCAGAUAAAACAUCAGAGCUCCCUCAGGUGGGCCCCGAUUCUUGUGCCGGUUUGAAGCAGACUCUCACGGUUAUGGUGCAUUCAACGAGUCUUGAUCAAAGGCAGAGUUCUAGAAUUCUUCUUGAUCAAAGGCAGAGUUCUAGAAUUCUUCUUGAUCAAAGGCAGAGUUCUAGAAUUCUUCUUGAUCAAAGGCAGAGUUCUAGAAUUCUUCUUGAUCAAAGGCAGAGUUCUAGAAUUCUUCUUGAUCAAAGGCAGAGUUCUAGAAUUCUUCUUGAUCAAAGGCAGAGUUCUAGAAUUCUUCUUGAUCAAAGGCAGAGUUCUAGAAUUCUUCUUGAUCAAAGGCAGAGUUCUAGAAUUCUUCUUGAUCAAAGGCAGAGUUCUAGAAUUCUUCUUGAUCAAAGGCAGAGUUCUAGAAUUCUGACUGAUCAAAGGCAGAGUUCUAGAAUUCUUCUUGAUCAAAGGCAGAGUUCUAGAAUUCUUCUAGAUCAAAGGCAGAGUUCUAGAAUUCUGCCUGAUCAAAGGCAGAGUUCUAGAAUUCUUCUUGAUCAAAGGCAGAGUUCUAGAAUUCUUCUUGAUCAAAGGCAGAGUUCUAGAAUUCUUCUUGAUCAAAGGCAGAGUUCUAGAAUUCUGACUGAUCAAAGACAGAGUUCUAGAAAAGUGGAUUGAAUAAUUAAAAUAUAACUAUUUCUUGCUUUAUACCUCUUUUUAUGGCAUCAAAUAAUUAAUUCAAACUAAACUAGUCUUAAACAUGAACUCUGUGACAUAAUUUAUGACCUGUACUGCAGUCGGCCACCAGGGGGAGCUCUGAGUUGUUAUGAAGUGGUUGUUCUGCUCCUGUGUGACCAUUCUGUGACUGCCGACUGAAGCAAUCCCCUGGAGGAAGUUCAGAACUUUGUGUCCCCGUUACUCCUUCAGACCCCGGAAUGUGUAAAAUAAGAGUCCUGGAGUUCCCCUUUGACAAGGAUCUGUGUGUGUGGUGUGUGUGUGUCUGUGUCUGUGUCUGUGUCUGUGUCUGUGUGUGUGUGUGCCUGUGUGAGAGAGAGAGAGAAAGUAAACACAGAUAGAACUCUGGUGCCCGAGUGCUCCAUUGAUGAUCAUCAGCCUUACACCAGCCUGCAGUUAUCUGUCUGUAGACGGACCCAUACUUCUAAGUGCUAAUUAAACUAUCAGACCCUUAAGGGCACUACAAUGGGGACCAAUAUUGUGUGAAUGAGUGUGUGUGUUCGUCGGUUAGCAUAUGCAUGUGGCGUUUUCCUCUCCGCUCCUCUCGGUAUGAUCUCCUGUCAAAGUUGAAACUCUUACUGGACUGUGUUUUUACAUCUUCUCCAUCACACUGAAUGUUUCUCUGCAACGUCUCAUCGGUUGUUUCUCUGCAGAGCUGAGCUACAAUAAUCCACGUCUGGUGCUUCACUGAUCGCUGCAAUUAUAGAAGAAUUUUAUCGAAGUUAAUCCCGACUGUGUUUCCUUCAUUUUAAAACCAAACAAAGUGUUGAUUUUUAAAUCUGAGGAGCAAAAAUUUUAGGUUUUGCAUGAAAAGAUGCCAAAAUAACGCAGAAAUAUGACAGAGACAUCUGUUUUUCAUCUGAGGGGGGUGACAUUUCUACUUGUGCAUCAUCUGAUGGACACAUUUCAGUAUAACGUUAAAACUGUUGCCAAAGAAUCAACUUAAAAAGGCUGUAGGUUUACAACACAACCAAUACAGAAUGAUAAUACAAAAAAGAUAUCCUUAAGUCUGUGCAGUUAUCAGAUUGUUCCCCUUGAGUAGUCUAGAACCAGAUUUUGGGGCACCUUGGUCCCUAGUCUUGCAGAUUUUUUUAGUUGAAUCCACCAAAUUUUGAUUGUAUUUGAAAAAAGGAGGACUGAUUGAUGCAGCUUCUGUUUCCUCUUUGACGUGUCUUUAAAUGUGUUCAGCAGCAGAAGUGUCAGAGAUCAUUUUGGGACCCUGGAUGAUAAAAGUAUCAUGGUGCGUUCAGGAACACUUUGGCCCUUCACCAUCCUGCAGAGUUCUUAUGUUGAGAAACAGACGUGCGGCUCUGUGGAGAACAACCUGCCGAGACUUUGCUCUGAUGCAAAAUGUAAAAACAGAGUCCGGCUUCUAAAACACGUUAAGGCAAACCGUCUGCAACCUUUCUGGAAAUCUGCUGCCUUGGAGAAGCGCCCCGCCGUCUCUCUGUUGAUUUAAUGUGAAUGAGGAGAACGAGCUUUGCCUUGCUGUCGCUUCAGUGCUGUCGGACGUCUCCCUCUCUAGCAGUGAUGUGAGUGGCUCUAGCUGAGGAGGUCCAGCCUUAGCCCCCCCCUUAAACGGACGCUCAGCGACACUCUUGGUGCUUUGGCUUCAACAGGCGCGCCCUCCCCGGCCCCCCGUCCACCUGACUGACAAACACACACACACACACGUGAACACACGGAGCAUUUCACCUGGGAAAUGAAUGUUAUGAUCCUUACUCUAUAAGAGGACUAAACAGCAGUCGUACGUGUUCUUUUUCCUACAAACAUGCUGAAAUGUAACCAGAGAAUCCACCCUGAGAUGCUCCAACACUGAAUCUGAUUUAACGUCUCCACUUGCUGCAAUGCAUUCUGGUCUUUUUAGGCUCCCGUGUUGGAGAGACGUGCUUGCAUUUUCUGCUCCCUCUCUAUCAGAACCAUCUAUGAAGUUACAGAGUGUUGCUUUAAUGGCUGCAUCAUCAUCAUCCUUAGAGAACGGUCUCGUGGUGAUAUUUUAAGAGUCUGAAACGUUGCAGAAAGAAAAUCUGCAGGGACGCAACUUUGUGUUUUAGAAAGCAAAUCCCUCUCUUCAUAGUUACCAGACUCCACUGACAAAACCAGCAACUUUACUCUGCAGGACACAAGUCUGAGGUCAACAGCAGCCUUGGUUAGUUGGUUAUAUUUGUUUGAAUCACAAUAACUAUUGGAGUAAGAGGUAGACCAGGAGCUCCCAUGUUCCUGGAGGAAAAAUGGCCGUUUUCGUCUUGGUGCUGCAGAAACAAAUGAAGUUGCUGCAACAUAAUCCUGACGGGGGAGUCUCAGAUUGUUAUUCUGAGGAUCACUACAGAUCUAGACCUUAUUUUUAAAAGGAAGAUGCUUUUCUUAACCAGAAACUGACGUUAAAUCAUUUGAAAGUCAGUGUACUCCAUUGUUGUUUUACCUCCCUGGACAUUUAAUCCUUUAGGAGUAGAAUCAGAGCUCUCAAAUGUCAAGGAUGUCUGUUCCUACUCGGUUAAUCUACGUAAAGACUCAGUCCUUAAAUAAAAUCAUCAUCACUGUCGUCAAAAUCACCAGACUCCUUUCAUAAAACCACUCAUUUUACCUCUCUUGGUUUGUUUUUUGAUAUUGUGUCACUUUGAUGCUCUAAAUAGUUCAGUCGGAUUUCAAGACACAUUUGUAACUGAAUAAUCUAGCAGAGGUAGACCAGCAACUCCUGUAUUCAUGGAGGCAAAGUGACUGUUUCUAUCAAUGAAGUCUGGUGGCGUUGAAGAGAGGGAUGUAAGCCUCUUAUUAUUGCAAAAGAAGAAGCCUACGCUCAUUGAAAAGGUCUGUCACAGUCAUGAAAGUCAAACUUACAUUUCGAGUCAGAGGUAGACCAGCAAGUUAAAUACCUAUUUUGUCAGUGCAGUCUGGUAGCUUUGAGGAGGGUAUUAGGGAUCACCAGACUCCAUUCACUAAACGACACAUUUUAACUUCCUUGGUUUGUUUUUUGAUAUUGCGUCACUUUGAUGCUCUAAGUAGUUUAGUCGAAUUUAAAGACACGAUUGUAUACCACACAAUAACUGAAAUAUCUACCUGGUGGAAGCAGCUAGACCAGCAACUCCUGUAUUCAUGGAGGCAAAGUGACUGUUUUUAUCAAAGAAGUCUGGUGGAGUUGAAGUUGCAAAAAACACCAGAUGAUACUUGUUAAAAAGGUUUAUCUCACAGUAAUGAAAGUCAAACUUACCCUUUGAGUCAGAGGUAGACCAGCAAGCUAACAUAACUAUUUGUCAGUGAAGUCUGGAAGCUUUGAAGAGAGUAUUAUGGAUGUUUUUUCUUUCUAAAACAAACACCUUACAACAAAUUAAAGGAUGUUUCUCUGCAGGGAUCAUUUAUCAUAAAGUGUUACCACUCUAAACUCCAGAAAACGGCGGAUAUGUCGCUCUGUUUACAUUCACCAAACUCCAUUUACAAAAGCAGUACUUUCACUCUGCUGGACUCUGGAGUCUCUGAUCCACAGCUGCCUGUUUUAUUUCGUUUGUUCGUGAUUUGGUAUAACGUUGGUGUUUUUAAAUGUUGGAUUGGAUGUCAGUGAAGUACCUGUGUAACACACCUUAACUUGAAAAAACUGGACCUGAAGGAAGCAGAGGUAGAGCAGCAGCUCCUGUGUUCAGCAGGUGACAAUGAAUGUUUUGUGAAUGGAGUCUGGUGGCUUCAAAGUGAGAGAAGUAAAGGAUGUUUUUUGUUUCUACCCUGAAAUAAAAUGUUCUUUCUCCUUAGGAAUUAUGUCUGUACUGAAAGAAGUUGCAGCCAUCACAGCUCCCCCUCCCCCUUCCCAAAAACGUGCAUUUCAUCAGUGUUGGAAUAUCUCAGGAUGUUUUUCUUUUCAACAAAACCUUGAGAAACCAGCUGACUGCAGGAAUGUAAGACACAAAGCUUCUAACACCGACCGGUCGUCUUUGUGUUCAAACCUGACAGUGAGAAUCCACAGUGUCAGUGCUGGCAGGGUGGGAGGGUCAAAGGUCGAGGGCUUGCAGAAAUCGAAGAUGCUAAACGAAGCUGUGAUCUCUCCUACAGCCCCGUUCGUACUCUCUGAGAGUCUCUGAAGAUCCACCCAAAUGUGAUGAGGGGAUGUUUUCACUGUUGUCCUGUUACUGCUUCACUGUUAGCUGCAAAAACAUUAAAACUUAUAUCAUUGAUCACGAA